AUGGCCGCAAGACGAGUUUUCCUGAGUGUCUCUGCAAAGAGUAGUCAUUGGCCUCAAGUUUGCGAGUCGGCCGAAGAGGCUGUUCGGAUUGCGGUGGAGCUGAUCAAGAAGGAGAACAUCAUUACCCAGUGGGGCGUUCCGAGACUGCUGGUGGAGGAGAGAUGGGGCUCGAGGACUCACAUCGUUUUUGAUAUUCUGCACGACACCUACAGCUCCCAGGAGGCCCAUCUCCCAGGCCACGGGAAUCUACCUGUCAUUGCGGUAUGGUUGAGCAAGAAGGAAGUUGUGCAAACGGCUUCCGAGGGCAUACAGAAAAAGGUCAACGACGAGGUCUGGGAAGUUCACAGGUUGUCUGGCAAGGGGAGUGAACCGCCUUUCUUUAUUGAUCACUCAGGCGGCAAGGUGCCCAUAUUCAUGAACCCACGCACAACAAAGACGUCGUAG